GCUUCGCAAAAACUUUAAUUUAUAAAGGGGGGCAAGGAAUUGAAGACUUCGUGCUCUUCAGAGCAUCCAUCCGUCUCUAUUUGCUUCCCCUGGCCCUGCCUGUUUCUCUCAUCAUCAUCAUCACUUCCUCCACUCACGAUAUGAAAUCAGGUCUCCUCUAGAGGAAUAGUGAGAGCUAGGGAUAUCAAGCAAAACAGAGUAAGAUGGUAAGGGCUCCUUGUUGUUCUAAGGUUGGGUUGCAUAGAGGUCCUUGGACUCCUAGAGAAGACACAUUGCUUACUAAAUAUAUUCAAGCUCAUGGUGAAGGUCAUUGGCGAUCUUUGCCAAAAAAAGCUGGCCUGCUUAGGUGUGGAAAAAGCUGCAGACUAAGAUGGAUGAACUACCUAAGACCAAACAUAAAAAGAGGGAAUAUCACCACAGAUGAAGAUGACCUUAUUAUCCGAUUACAUUCCCUUCUUGGCAAUAGAUGGUCUCUCAUUGCGGGCAGGCUUCCUGGCCGUACUGAUAACGAGAUAAAAAACUAUUGGAAUACCCAUCUCAGUAAGAGAUUGUUAAUCACUGGCCGAGGGAAUACUGACCUUGAUACCAACAAAAAAUCGACGGAACCAGGCCAUGAAUUGAAGAGGAAGAGCAGCAAAAACUCCAACACCAACAAGAACAACAAAAGCAACAACAGAAAGAUGAAGAACAAAGGCAUUGCAAAUAUAGAGUCCGAGAAGCAAAAGGUUCAUCUCCCCAAGCCCACAAGGAUCGCUUCUUUUCCGAUACCAAGAAAUGAAAGUUUCGAUUGCAGUACAAUCAGUGGAUCUUCGGGCCAGGAAAAAUCAGAAGAUAUUCUUUGUUUUGGUUCAAAAGUUGAAAGUAUUCCUUGGUGUCAUUUGGAAGGUGUUGCUUGGAAUGGUUUCAAAGAUGGGAGAGACCAGGAAAAUGGGGUUGGCUUUCUCAUUGGUGCAGGAGAUCAUCAUCAUCAUGGUCUUGUCAAUAAUGGCUCAGAUUUUGAUCAGUGCCAAUCAGCUCAUAUACCAACAGGAGAUCACAACUCACUAGAGAAGCUGUACGAGGAGUAUUUAGAGCUCUUGAAGACAGAAGAAAGCCAAGUUGAAUUAGAUUCCUUUGCUGAAUCAUUAUUACUGCUCUGAAAGAUGUGGAAUGGAAACAAAUUACUAAAUCUGCAAGUCAAGGCCGGGCUUCAAGGUUUCACUACUUCGAGAAUGGAAGGAAAAAAAAUGGUUGUUUGAAUCAAAAUAAUAUGGGUUAAUAUUUCACGUGCUUACCUUCCGACCAACUUAUUUAGGUUAGAAUCGAUGGUUUUUUCACUUUUCAUGUCUAUGCAGUCAUAAAUAACACCAUGAUCAUGAUAGUGAAAUAUGUGGUUGUUCUUGUCAAAUAUUUUCUUCCA